AUGAAUAUUGUAAUCCAUGUACGUGGAGAAAAAGAAGAAAUAUGGCAAAAUAUUAAUUCAGCUUUAAAAAAAAUUGCACAACUCACAAUGAGUCGCUUAGGCGAAUGUUCUUGUUUUGGCAAAGGAAGAAAUUUACAAUGUCUAGUCGUUCAGCCUGUUUUCAAAUAUAUUACAGCUCUUCAAACUAAAAAAACUCAAAAAACUUUCAAGAUUGAUGAUAAUGCUUACAUCGUGGGUGAUCAAUUAAUUUGGGAAAUUCAACCUGAACUUUUAGGAUUUGUUUUCCGCAUAUAUGAUGUUUAA